AUGCAACUAAUGAAGCAACUCAUGGAAGAGAUCAUGGACGCCAGAGUCACACAAAUACACAACCUUGAUGCUGGGCAGCGCCUGUUCAGAGAUAGAAUUCCUCCCAAAAAAGUUCUAAUAGUAUUGGAUGAUGUUGACCAUCUGGAUCAAUUCAUGGAGAUAUGCUUUUCAGAGCAGUCAUCAACAACAACAGGACAUGUACGAGGACAUACAAUGGAAGGUUGUUGUAGUCGUUGGUGGGUUGCCAUUGGCCCUAAGAGUUUUUGGAUGUACCUCUCUGAUAAGAUCGACCGGGAUGAAUGGAAAGAUUAUUUGGAUAUGCUGCAACAGACCCCAGAACAAGACAUCCAGAAAUGUUUGCAAAUAAGUUAUGAUGGACUGUAUGGAGUUGAGAAAGAGAUAUUUUUGGACAUCGCAUGCUUCUUCAUUGGCCAUGAUCAAGUACAAGCAUCUGUUAUGUGGGAAAGUUUAAAUUGGCAACCAAGAUCCGCAAUUAAGGCCCUUCAAAAGAAGAGUCUCAUUACGGUUCGUGAUGAUGGAAAACUUGACAUGCACGACCUUAUAAGGGACAUGGGAAGAGACGUAGUUCCCAAGCCAAACCAUACAAACCUUGGAUGUGGAGCAGGCUAUGCACAGCUGAGCACGCAUUGA